AAACAGCAAAAAACAUGGAGAAAAAAAAGGACAAACGAGUUGUUCUCCACGGCGAAUUCGAUAUAAAUUAUGCAACAAGUGGCCGCACAGAUUACUAAACAUGAAGCUGCGUUGACAUUUUUUUGUUUUCCCACCCACAUUCGGACAAACCCCGCGCUGCGAUUGGCUAGUCGUGUCCUGCCUCCGCGCUAGGAUUGGCUCGUCUUUCACACUGGCAUGCCCCUCCACCAAUCAGAAGUGAGGGAGGGCGGGGCUUGUCUGAAAACUGGUGGGAAAAUAAAUAACGUACCUGAUACCGGCCGUUAAGGGUGGAGACUUGAGAGAUGAAGUACAACACAAGCUGACACGCAGAGAAGAGCUCCACACGUAUGACCAGACGUUUCGACCCCUCACGUCGCCGUUUAACAGAAAAACACACACAUACACGCACGGAACACCGGUAAAAAGUUAGCAGACUAUGCUAAACGGGCGACCGCCGCCGAAGUUGGCUUCUCCUCGGAAGUUCGUUGGGCUGCCGUUUUCCGUUACGCUCGCUUUUUAAACACAAACAGCGCGCGGAAAAAUGAACGAGUCGGACGUUUUCUGCGAAGUUCGGGCGAACUCGUCGGGCUGUGUGAACCGGACGGGGUCCUCCUCCUCCUUCAGCCCUAUGGACGUCGCCUCCUUCAUGCACAUCUUCCCCACCGUGUACGGCGUGCUGUGCUCGGUGGGCGUCCUGGCGAACAGCCUGGUCAUCUACGCCGUGGCCACCUGCAAGAAGAAGAUGGUCUCCGACAUCUACGUGCUGAACCUGGCCGUGGCCGACCUGCUCUUCCUGCUCGUCAUGCCCUUCAACAUCCACCAGCUGGUGAGGGACAGGCAGUGGGUCUUCGGGAACUUCAUGUGCAAAGCCGUUGUGGUGGUCGACGUCAGCAACCAGUUCACCACAGUGGGCAUAGUCACCGUGCUCUGCAUAGACAGGUACAUUGCUAUUGUCCAUCCCACCUCAGAGAACCGGACCAUCCAGUGGACCAUUGUCAUCAACCUGCUGGUGUGGGUGGGCAGUUUUCUCCUCACCAUCCCUGUCAUGAUAUACGCCAAGGUGAUCUCCGAGAAGCACAUGAACGUGUGUAUGAUGUACCUGGACAGCCCUAAGGACAUGUAUUGGUACACGCUGUACCAGUCCACUCUGGGCUUCAUCGUGCCCCUCAUCAUAAUCAGUACUUUUUACUCUCUGACUCUGUAUCACGUGUUCCGCUCCAUUCGGCGGGUCAAGCGCAAGCAGUCAGUGUGGGCCAAGCGCGCCACCAAGAUGGUGCUGAUGGUCAUCGCCCUGUUUCUGCUGUGCUGGUCCCCGUACCACGUCAUCCAGGUGAUCAACCUGAGCAUCCAGCAGCCCACCAGCAUCUUCAUCUAUGCCUACAACAUCAGCAUUUGCCUGAGCUACUCGCACAGCUGCAUCAACCCACUCAUGCUGCUCAUCUUCGCCCAGAACUACCGCGAGCGCCUCUGCCACCGCCGCGACCUCCGCAGCUCUCACACCACCAUGUCCAAAACCACGGUGAAGACGGAGGGGGGCUCCAGCGUCAGUCCGGACACCACCCAUCGCUGCACCGUCAUUUGACCGGCGCUGCUUGGAUUUGGUCAGAUAUUCCUGCUAAUGGAUUUGAUCAGAUGUUCCUGCUAACAGAUUUGAUCGGAUGUAUCCUGAGAUGUAGGUUGAGACACAUUCCUGCAUUCCAAACAAAAAUGAAGAUGAACCGAUAAGCAAAGGUAUUCAGGGUUCAGGCCCUGACAAACAACAUGAGCUUGUUUUCCAUUCUUCCAGUAAGGAUACACAGACACACCUUCCUGCAUGGCAAAAAAAUAUUUGUUAGGGCCGAUUUGUACCACCGCACCCCCCCCCGUGUGCUUGUAUAUAUCAGAAAUGCAUGGAAUUCGGGAGCAGCGUUGCAUUUACCAAACCACGAUGGACAGAAAUAAUGAAGAAGAAGCCAUUUUUGACCCCAAGAAAGACUUCUAGCAGAGAGAAAACAGACAGAAGUAAAACAGUGGAUUCAGUAAAUCGCCUGACACAUCCUACCCGCCACCAACACCUGCGCCACCGGAUAUACCACAAAAAAUUAGCAUUUGCUUGAUGCUCAGCACCACGUAUAGUUGAGCUCUUAGCAAUGUGCACACCAAGCUGUUCAUAUGCAUUUAUAUGCAUCUUCGCUGAAAUGUAGCUCUGCCUUUAGACUGUGGUAAAUGGGGUCGAUACAGAAGGAUCCCUCACAGUCAAUCUGAUUGAGAAACAUUGCAGGAUGUUGAUGACUCAGGCCAGAUGUUAAUCAACUGACAACGACCGUGUUUGUGGUGUGCGACUGUGUGGCGCACAUUCAGGUUGACACCGAAAAUACAGGCAGGGCUCAAUAAACCCGCAUCACUGCUUAAUUCUGUUACAUGUUUUUGAGCAUGCUGACCGUUUUCUCCACGUUCUGCUUUAAGAAGCUGGAUCUUUAUACAUGCACUUUUACUGCAGUGAGUGUAUCUGUUCUGAUGUGCUGUGGUUUUACUAUAAAGCAGCAGUCUCUGUCGCUGUUGCUCAUGAGCCACUAGUGGCCCACAAGCGUGCCAAAGAGUAGCUUUUUUUUUUUGACUGAUUUGAAAUUCAGCUGCAAGAGUCAUACAUUGUCGUAAAUCAGUGAGUGGAUGAAAAGAAGUGUUCUAAUAUCUCCGAUUUUGGUUUCGCCUUUUAACAACAUACAGAGAGAGAAAUAGAAAAAGCGCCUGUGGCCGGUGGGCAUGACUGUGAACCACACACUGACCACAAGUCUGCCUGCUAAAAUAGCCUGAGAAGUCAUCUUAUUGUUCAGUGUGUUAUUAGUGCCCGAAGAGAAGGUCAUUUGAACUCAGUUGAGGGCACUUUUCACAUUUAUGUAACAUUGUUAUUUCACAAACUGUUCAAGUAAUAUUUGUAUGAACUGUUGGUAUUGUGGAUUUUGUAACGAGACCAUGAGCUCUACAGCUGCACUAUAAAAAGUCUAUAUGAAACCAUUACUUUUUUUAUUAUUGUUGUUAUUAUUAUUAGUAGUAGUUAUCAGCGGUUGUAAAAUUCAGUGAACGUCAGUGGAGAUUACCACAGAUCAGUGCUUUGUUUACAAGUGUAAUAUCAGCUCAUAUAACGUAUGUUUGUUAUUUGCCACUUUACACCCUGUGUCUUAUUUAAUAUGUUACAGAUGUGGCUGUGCACUGAAGGAAUGGAAGAAAAAGAAUGGAAAAUAAAAAAGACUGUUUAAUAGUCAUGAAAUUACCCACCGCUGUUCUCUAACUGUGACAAACUGCCGGCUGUGCAGCGAGUGA